AUAUUAGAGGCUAAGCUGUUAUUUCCAGUUAUUCACCAAAGAAUAUCACUAAAGUUAAAUGAUUGCAGACUGAAAAUAAAUUGAGUGAAAUUAUUAUUUAAGUACAGUGUAAGUGAGCCAUUAAAAAGGACGACGAAAGCAGAUUAUUGUUUCUUCGAUUAAAAUGGAAAAUCCAAAUAAAGAUAAAUUACCAAAAAACAGUGCGAGUAAUAAUGAGUUAAAUAACUUUGAUGAAGCUGAUGAUAUCAAUUCAUAUCACUCUAAUAGGUCUAAAAUCAUAACAAGUGUUCGAAAGCAAUCUUAUAUUAUUUUCAUACUAUUACUUUUCAUUAUUGCACUAUUUGUAUUAAUAGUUAGUUUAGCAUAUACUAACUUAAAUGGAAGUAAAAUAAAAUCAGUUUGUACCACACCUGAUUGUAUACGAACUGCCUGGACAUUUAUCGAGUCAAUGAACAAAAGUGUAGAUCCGUGUGAAGAUUUUUAUCAGUUUGCUUGCGGUAACUAUCCAAAAAAAAAUACCAUACUUCAUACAACGAAUGACAACACAAGAUUUGACGAAUUGGAUACAGAAAUUUUAUUGAACGUUAUAAAUUUCAUGGAAAAAAAUGAAACUGGAAAAGAGCCUCAAUCAGUAUUAAAAGCCAGAAUGUUUUAUCGUUCUUGCAUGAGUAUAAAUAUAAACGAGACUCACUCUAUUAAAACUCUAAUAGAUAUUUUGGAUAAAAUUUCAUUCCCAAAAAUUACUAUAAAAGCAAAUAUAAGCACUUCAGCUUCAACUAAAUUGUUUGCUCGUGCAAAAAAAAUUGUAAAUAUAGAAUAUUUAUUUUACUCAGGUGUUCAAAAGUAUUCAAAAAAUCGAACUGUUAAUAUUAUCUCUUUAGCCAGACCCAACUACCAGUCAAAUAUAUUACCUCUUAACAAAUUAAAUAUCAGAAAUUCUCGAGAAAAAAAUGAUGACUUGAAUCAACAAAUAUUUUAUAAGCUGUUUGCUCGAGUAGUUACAAGUAUUUUCGCGUUAAAUGCAAAUUAUUCCAUGUCAAGUCGUAGAUUAUCAGAAUUAGCUACACAAAUAUAUUAUUUUGAUGAAUUAAUCAUUAAGCUUAAAGAUAAUGUUUACGACCAUAAUAUAAAAACUAAAAAAUUGAUGACCAUUGACGAGUUCCAAAAAUAUUUCGAAAAAAAUGGAAAAGCUAGUUUAAUUAAUUGGAAAGAAUACUUCAUUGAAUUAUUUGAGAAUGUGGAAAAUGUUACAUUAGAUUUUGAUAAAGAUAUGCUGCAAAUAAGUAAUAUGGAAUAUUUUCAAGAUCUACACAAAAUUUUAUCCACUGAGGAAAAUGAAAUACUGGUCGUAAGCUUAUGGUGGAAGACUAUUGUUGAGCUGAUUCCUUAUACUUCAGAAGAUUGGAUGAAUUUUGCUAAUAAAUUAAUGAACGAAAUCAAUGGAAUUUAUAGUCACGAGCCUAGAACGAUGACUUGUGCUAAAGAAGUGAAUAAUGCAAUGGGACAUGCGGUAGCACAUUUUUUGGUAGACUUACAAAUACCAAAUAGCUUAAAAAACAUGAUGACAGAUAUGAUCAAUAACAUAAAUUGGGCAUUUGACAAAAUUGUAGCUGAAUUAGAUUGGAUGGACGAAGAAACAAAACAAAGUACUUUAAAGAAAAAGAAAAGUAUUAAAACCCUUGUUGGGUUUCCUGAGUUUAUAGCUGAUUCAAAUGAACUUGAUGAAUAUUAUUUGAACUAUAAUGUUACGGAAGAUGAUUUCUUAGGAAAUGUCGUAAGAUACCAACAAAACAUUGUUGAAGCAGAACUAAAAACGCUAAGAAUUAUAAAUGAUUUUCCGAGUGACAAUUGGAAAGUGAUUGAUCCUUUAACUGUUAAUGCCUAUAGUUCCAUUCAAGGAAAUUCUAUAACUAUUCCAGCAGCAAUAUUACAAUUUCCGUUUUUUGGUCAUGACUUACAAGUUUUAAACUAUGGUUUUUUGGGUACUAUUCUGGGUCAUGAAUUAACUCAUAGUUUUGAUAAUACUGGAAGAAUGUAUGAUGAAAAUGGCAAUGAAUUAAUAUGGUGGACAAACAACUCCACGGAAGAGUAUAAUAAACGCACCAAAUGUUUUAUCGACCAUUAUGAGUCUAUUACAACAUCAAUAUUAAAAAAAAAAGUAAAUGGAAUAUUAACUUUGAAUGAGAAUAUUGCUGAUAAUGGAGGACUUAAAGAGGCAUUAUUAGGUUAUAGAAAAUAUAUCUGUGAUCAUGAUAUUGAACCAAAACUACCAGGCCUAGAAGAAUAUAACCCAGAACAACUGUUUUUUUUGUCAUUUGCUAAUAACUGGUGUGAAACAUCUACAAAGUCAUCAAUGAAACAGUCUUUGUCUGAUGAACAUAGCCCAAACUACAUAAGAGUAGUUGGUACAUUAGCCAAUUCUAAAGAGUUUAGUAAAGUUUGGCAUUGUAAAAAAGGUUCAAAUAUGAACCCAACCAACGAAAAAUGUUAUCUUUGGUAGUUAUCCUACCAAAGAUAACAUUUGAUUUAUUUUGGGCGAUUUUUAAAGAUAAGAUACUUAUUUUUAAAAAUAAGUUGUGCUAUAUUUAUUAUUUGUGUGAUCACAAAUUUAAUUUGGAUAGAUAUAAAAUUAUUCAAAAGAAAUAUAUAUGAAUAAAAAAUAUUUAAUUAG